GUGGGCCGGUUUCCCCAGGGCAGCAGCCGGUUUCUCUUCCGGCCCAGAGGAGCGUCUGUGUCUGAGAGAACCCAGGAGUCCUGGCUCCCAGGCCCCGCAACAGGGAGGGAACCCAGGCGUCCGCCUGGUGGCCGGGUUUCCGGGCUGGGCUCCGUGGCAGCCAAUGGCCGGGCCGGUCCCGCCCCCCGGGCCGCGGCCUCCAAUCCCCGCCCGGAGGGGCCCAGGCCAGGCCGAGCCGCGCCGGGCAGGGAUCGGGAUGGUGCCGGCCCAGCCCUGGCAGCACCGCAGGGAGGGUCUCAGGCUCCCCGGGGACGUGGGGCUGACAAUUUGGGGUUCAGACCCCCUUACGGCAGCUGUCCCCGUGGGCCAGCUGGCCCCGGAGCCCCAGGCCAAGGACCCCCCGGUGGCAGGGCCAGCCAUGCCCCCCAACAAGGAGUCGCCAGGCCGCCCCGGCUCGCCAGCGGCCCUCAUCUGCCUGCCGCCCAUCUCGGAGGACCUGCAGCUGGUGUGGACCCAGGCGUCCCAGACCAGCGAGCUGGACGGCCACCAGCCGCUGCGCCAGGCCUUCAGCUACUUCCCCUACCCCAGCCUGGCUGACCUGGCGCUGCUUUGCCUGCGCCAUGGCCUGCAGUUGGAGAAGGUCAAGGCCUGGUUCAUGGCCCAGCGGCUGCGCUGCGGCAUCAGCUGGAGUGCCGAGGAGAUCGAGGAGACGCGGGCGCGGCUGGCCUGCCGCCAGGACCGCCCGGCCUUCGGGGCCCUGCUGGCCCCCAGCAACCCCCUGACGCAAACUGGCAAGGCCCCAGGCGGCAGGGAGGCCCCUGCAGCUGCUCACCACAAAGCCAAGCCCCAGGAAUCCCCGGGGAGCUGUUCGGCUGCAGCCCAGGGGCCCCCAGAGCCGGGGAGAGCUUCUGCGGCCCCCCAACCCAAAGCCAAAGAAAUGCUGACACCACCCCCCAGCCUUUUCCCCACGCCGCCCCCUCCGUGCCGGGCCUGGGCGGAUCCUCCAGCCAGCGCCAGCCACCUGGACACUGCCUGGGACCUCAGCAAGCCCUGCCGGCUGGGGGUGGCUGACGUCGCGCCGCCCUCCUCUGGAGCUGCCGCCAAUGGGCCCGAGGUGUGGGCCCGGCCCGGCCACCCCCACGGCACCCUGGAGGCCCAGCGGCAGCGCAAGAGCCGGCGGAAGAGCAAGGAGCAGCUAGCAGUGCUGAAGUCAUUCUUCCUGCGGUGCCAGUGGGCACGACGGGAGGAUUACCAGUGGCUGGAGCGGAUCACCGGCCUGCCGCGGGCAGAGAUCAUCCAGUGGUUCGGGGACACCCGCUACGCCCUCAAGCACGGGCACCUGCGGUGGUUCUGGGAUAACACCGUGCCCCCCGCCGCUGCCCUGGAGCCCGGGCCCCGCACGGACACGGGCCCGCUGGAGCGGUACUGGGCCGCCCGGCAGCAGCUGCGCCAGGACGACCUGCCAGCCCUGUGCCGCGAGUCGGGCAUGGGGGCCCAGCAGGUGCUGAACUGGUUCUAUUCCCGCUCGCCCGAGCCGGCCGAGGUGGUGGUGUGCCUAGGCGAGGAGCCCGAGGAUGAGGACGAGGAGGCCGGGCUCAUGGUGCAGGACGACGGGGAGGAGGAGGAGGACGAGCCAGAGGAAGAGGACCUGGGCGCCCAGGAAUGAGGAGUUUCAGAGACUCCCGGGAGGGCGGAGGUUCGGGGGAACCGACCCGUGCACUGGGGCCCUGCUCUGUCUAGUUCUUCCCUCUGCUCUAGAACUCAGAUCUGGGUCUUGCAUCUAGUUCCCCCUCCCUCUCCAGUCCUGGGCCCCACGUUCCCCCCUGCCUCUCCCCAGCUCUAGAACCCGGGUCCCAGGUUCUUUUCCCUUUCUGUUCUGGAACUUGGUGUCAUGCGGUUCUGCUUCAUAGCUCACUGUUGUAAUUUGCUCUCCGUGCCUCAGGUUCCAGAUCUGGGUUCCUUCCCCCCUCAUCUUGGUGAUCUAGAACAAAGUACUGGUUCCUCCCUGUUCUAGAAUCUAGAACCCCGUGUUCUAGAAUCCCAAUCACACCCUGGUCCUCUUCCUCUUCUAGAACAGAGGGCCACCCCCAAGCUCUGCCACAGACCCUAGAACCUGGAGCUCUUGACCUAGAACCCAAGUGUUCGGUUCCCUCUACCGUGCUCUAGAACCCAGGGACCAUUUCACUCCUAGUCCCCAACUCUAGAAUCUAUGUUGUCCGGUUACUGGUUUGUGCUCUAGAACCCAGUACCUUCCGACCAGUUGUCUGGAUUCAGGUAUGCUCCCUUCUCCAGACUUCCCCCACCUCUCCCCCCUCCUUCAGGCGCCUCUGUUUCUAGAGUCUGCCCUGGUUCGUCCCUCCCCCCCUUCUAGAUCAUGUUACGGCCCUGUCCCCCAGAGACACUUGUGUGGAGGGAGCCGGGUGGGGGCGGGAGCUGGUCUGUCGGGGGCUCCCUGGGUUUGGUUUUACAAACUGGGCAGGAGCGAGGGCACAGAAAACUGGGCAGCGGAGAGCGGGCGCGGGACUGACUUUCCCUGGCGGCUGUCGGUCCUUUCUGGAGUUGUUAAUUUAUAACGCCCUGCGAUGGGAGUUAAAGCGAGGUUUGAAGUUGAA